CAGGGCAGGCACGAGUUGGAGACCGUAGCUAUGCGCUUGAGGGUCACUGAGGCAGAGCUCGAGACGGCGAGGGACGGCCUCAGGGUCGAGUACGACGAGGCCAAGCAGUACUUGAACCACGAGAAGCGCGAGUACGAGCAGCAGAUCUGUCGUGCUCGGCAUGCGGCUACCACCCACAUCCAGCAAGAGUUGCAGCAGUGCGUCGAGGAGCGCGACGUUGCGAUGGUGCGGUCCAGGGAUGUCCACAAUGCCGAGAUGCCGGUCUUGGAUGCCGAGGCCAAUCACGUCUUGGUUGCAGGUCGUGCUGAGAACGAGCUGCGGUCUGAAGUCGGAGCGAUCAAGAGGGCGCGAGACACGCUUCAGGCCGAGUGGACGGAGGCGACCGACCAGGUCCAGAGCGCCGAGGCGAAGGCCGAGGCGUCCAGGCAGAUCGCGGCUGCGUGGGCUGAGUGCGACAUGAAGGUCGAAUCAGCUCAGCACGAGGAGCGGGAACACAAGCGAGGCGCAGAUUCGGCCAGGGUAAAUUUCUACGCAAGCCAGGCUGUGCACAACACCGAGAAGGAAUACUACGAGCACGAGGUCGACGAGUUGCGCGCCGGGUCCCGCGAGCUGAGGGACGAGAAGGCGGCCUUGGCGAGGGCGGCCCAGGAGCUGAUGGACAUCCAAGCUCCAGGACCGCAUGAGCAUGAGUACGCCGAAGGCCACUGGGAGCAGCAGGACGACAUGGAUUUCGGCAGUCGGACUGGACCAGUCGAUCCAGGACCUGCGGUCCCACCAGGACUCUCGAGGCAGUCGGCGGCAACGCCGGGUGCGUCGUCCCAGGACGUUGGCAUCGCCGCAGCCAUGAUGGAGUUCAUGCGCCAGAUGGCCGACCAGCAGCGUGCUGGGGUCGAGGAGCAGAGCGCGCUGCUGAAGGGGCUUACGCGCGCCCAGGAGAGCUUGGCCGAGGCGCAGCGCGAAUCCCAGUCGAAGUUGAAGCCAGCGAAGCCUUCGCUCACGGGCAAGGAUGCGAGCACCUCGAAAGUCGAGCUUGAGAAGUUCCGCACCUACCAGAACGAA